AUGUUGAAGAAUUUAGUGCUGGCUAUGGUUCUUGCCAUUUCCUCCGCAAGGUGGCUAAACAAUCACAGCGAAGAUCUGCUCUCAACAAUUUCUUGCAAGUCGUAUUCUUGUAAGACCUCAAACGUCACUAUUCCUACAGGAUCAUGUGGUUUGGUAUCAGGCACAAACGUUUACUUAACUCCAUGCUCUUCCACCUCCACCACCCCAUACUGUAACACUACAAACUUGAAUCUCACCUGCAGAGCCACACCUGCAGUUGCUGCUCUCCAAAAUUACCCUGGAGAGCCAUGCUCUGCUCAAACAGAUUGCAAAUUUGGAAUUUGCACUAGUUCCAAAUGCACAGGACAGUCAAAAGGAGACACCUGCACUCUCCACGAGCAAUGCAAUCCUGGACUUAUGUGUUCAGCAGGAGGAGUUUGCGCUACUCAAAUUGGUAUAGGAGUAUCUGGCUGUAGAAGCUAUCUCGACUGUGUCAAUUAUGCAAGCUGCAAUGCAACUUAUUCAUCAUCAAAUGGAACUUGCACUCAAUAUUCUACAGUUGCUAAUGGACUAGUCGUAACAGACUGCCAAAACGGGCUGUCUGAAAUGUGUGCCUCUGGAUAUUGCACUAAAACGGGAAACUUUUAUGGACAAUUAGGAGUCUGUUCAACUGCUCCUACUAGUAGCAAAACAUUACCAACAAAUUGCACGCAAAAUACAGAUUGUUUAGGGACAGAUGGAACAAAUAUGUACUUAAGCACAUGCCAAUGCGGCUAUAAUUCUGCAGGCCAAUCAUAUUGCAAUCCAUUCAUAGGAGAUGCUCCAGGCCAAAGUUUGAUUAAUAAAUGGGUGACAGCGCUCAAGGCAUCAGCUUCUGUAUGCAAUACUGUUAGAAGAGACGCAGAUUCUUGCUUAUCACUAAUUGGAAAACUAGAUGAUAUUAAUGCAGCUGAUUUCUAUUGGAAUUAUUAUCCUAAAGUGCAAGGAAAUGACCUUUGUGUUCAAAGUAUCUAUACAAGCCUAUACUGGGCUGCUUCAAAUGCCAAUCUUAUCACUUUUACAGUGAUGAUAGUUUCUUUGUGGAUUUAA